AUGGGAAUGAGCUAUCGUCGUUACCUCGCUGGCGCUCGCGUCUUUGGCUGCUCCAAAUGUCGUACCCAUCUUGCCACUAUCCACUCCCUCACAUCCAGGGCUUUCAACGGACAGCACGGACGUGCAUACCUCUUCGAAGAAGUUGUAAACGUGAUCCAUGGAGAACCAAGCGACCGCCAAAUGACCACAGGGAAUCACACCGUGCGAGACAUCUACUGCUGCAAAUGCGGCACUACGCUGGGAUGGAAAUACGACAAGGCCUACGAGGAAAGCCAGAAGUACAAGGAGGGCAAAUUUAUCCUCGAACGGAACCUCCUGAUGGACGUCCAGUAG